AUGAGAGAGCCAUUGUUGAAGAAAGCGGUUGAGAGAACAAAACUCAAGGUGAAGCCUCAUGAAGAUGAAUGGAAGAAGAGUGGUUGCUCGAUUAUGAUGGAUGCUUGGAGUGAUAGAAAGAGAAGAAGCAUCAUGAAUUUGUGUGUGAAUUCUAAAAUGGGAACGAUAUUUCUAUCUUCCAAGGAAUCUUCCGAUAUAUCUCACACAAGUGAAAUGAUUUUUGAGUAUGUGGAUCAAUGCAUUGAGCAAGUUUGGCCCAAGAAUGUUGUUCAAGUUGUGACGGAUAAUGCUUCAAAUAAUAUGGGAGCGGCGAAGUUAUUGCGCAUAAAGAGGCCAACUAUCUUUUGGACUUCAUGUGCCACACACACCAUCAAUCUUAUCUUGGAGGGCAUUGCAAAACUACCCCGGUUCACCAAAACCAUUGAACAAGCAAAGGCAUUGACUAUAUUCAUUUAUGCACAUCAUAAGACCUUAUCCAUGAUGAGGUCUUACACUAAAAGGAGGGACAUAGUAAGACCCGGAGUCACACGAUUCGCCUCUUCAUUUCUUAGCUUGCAAAGCUUGAUGGAAAAAAAGGCACAAUUAAGGGCAAUGUUCACUAGCUCCGAGUGGGAUGAGUGCAAGUGGUCCAAGACGGUCAAGGGGAAAGCAAGUUACAACACCGUGAUGUCUAUUAGUUUUUGGAAUGGUGUAACUUCUUUCUUGACUAUCUUUGCUCCUUUGGUGAAGGUGCUUCGCAUAGCGGAUGCCGAUAAGAAGCCGUCGAUGGGAUUUUUGUAUGGGGAGCUUAUGCAUGCUAAAGAAGAUAUAAAACGUGUCUUGAACAAUCUUGCCAAGAAUUAUGAUCCCAUCUUAGAAAUCAUUGACACGAAGAUGAUGGGUAGAUUGGGCACCCCGUUACACUUGAUGGCAUAUCUACUAAAUUCUUAUUAUCAUUAUAAGGACCCGAAUCUCAUACUAGAUCAAGUUGUUUCGGAUGGUGUUCUUGAUUGCCUUGAUGUCAUUUGUCAUGGUAACUUUGAUUUGAUGGAUAAAAUCAUGAAUGUUGAGUUGCCCAUUUAUAAGACAAAGGGAGGAGUUUUUGGGAAGCCAAUUGCCGCAAAAGGUUGUGAAGUAAACGACGAGAAGUUUGAUCCGG